UCAUGCACUGGAAAUCUACUUAAUUUGCAUGACUUCAUACGUUUAUCGGUUUAGUGACGCAUAAUCUUAUCAGUUUAGAGACGUUAUUCUGGAAAAUACCAAGAGUUUUCUGAGAAAGUAGUGGUCCACUCUUCGUUGUGGCAUAGACAUGACAUCAGCGUAUUCCUGUUGGGUUGUCCUAAGUAUAAUUGUUUGGAUCAGCGUUUCCAUCAAAGCUUAUAGCAUUCCAGUUGCAAUUACCAAAACAUGGAAUAACUUGGAUGUGAAUCACCCUCCCGUUCGGCUAGUCUUGGCAAAAGCAACCGGGGGUCUAGAAAUAAGAGUCAACGCCCCCUUCUUUAAUGACCCUAGUAACCCCGGAGGACAACCCGGACAACCAUUUAAUGGUCUCUGGGAUUAUGAAGUGGCGGAAGCCUUCUUUUUGAAUGACAGAAACCAGUACAUCGAGAUAGAAUUGUGUCCACAUGGUCAACAUCUUGUUUUGUUGCUGAAGGGUUACAGAGACAGUUUUGCAAGCCAACUUCCCAUGCAAUUCUCUUCCUCUAUAAAUAAUGAUACAUGGACAGGGACUGCGUUUGUACCAGAUUCAUACUUUCCACCAAAAAUCACUAAAUUCAAUGCUUAUGCUAUCCACGGUUCGGGAACAGGAAGAACAUACGAAGCAUUAUAUCCGACUCCAAAUGGAAAGUACACAGAUCCCGACUUCCACAGACUUGAAUACUUUCAUGCGAUUAACUUCCGGAAUCUUGUUCCGGAAAACUGGGCUCCCACCUACAGUUCUACAGAAUGGGACCAAACUCUGCUUGGAUAAUUUUUUAAACUGUAAUGCUGCAAUUAAAAUUUUAUUUAAGUUGAA